UAUAAAUUUCCCUGUCAAAACCAUAGACUUAGACAGAUAGACUACGCAUUCUUAUAUGCGAUCUGAAGACCACAUUGAAGGGCAAGGAUAGUACCGAAAUCGCCGGGAAGUAUCGCGCUCUCUUUCGCAUUGUGCAAAAAGUGGGGAGAACAAUAAAGGAGCGACCCAUCGUACACCGUCUACGACAUAAGCUCUUCCUCUAUUUUUUCCCUUUUCUUCCUCCAUCAAAAUAUCCAUUAAAGAGAGAAAGGAAUAGUCACAAUAUUGCUCUCUCAUUGCUGGGUUACCUUCUCUACCUCUUACCGACCGUGUUACAUUACGUCUUACGGAAAUGCGUAGUAUAUCUGUAUAUGUCUAUGAUUGAAGUUGAAACACGUGUUCAAUAUAUGACGUAAGCACAUAACGAGAUAUUGAAAUAAUCUGAAUCAGCUGUCAUUGCAAUGUUAAACAUAACCAGAGAAAUGUACAUCUAAGUGACGAAAAUAUUUUAAAAAUGAAGUUUUAUUCAAUUAGUAAUAAACUCUUAUAUAAAAGUUUUAUAAUUUAUAUUAUAUUUUUUGGUUUUAAUGUGUGGGCCGUAGUGUCAAAUGCGCAAGAGGUUUCUAACCUCAAGCACGAAAAUAUCACAUUGGAUAGUACAAAUAUCGUAUUAAAACAUUUCACGCCAACAAAGAUAAGUACUGAUGUAUCAGUAGAAUCGCAUACAUCAGAAAACUCUGAUAGCAAUAAUUUAAAAUUGAAUGCUACUACUUCAAAUACAGUAAAUACAUCUCAAAAUGUACUUACAACCUCAGUUCGACCAGAUCAUGAUAUUAAUCAAACAACAGAAAAAGUUAAUAUAAUAUCUACAACGAUUAUUAAUGAUAAAAAUGGGAACAAUAUGUCAGAUUUCACAAUUCCAUCACAAAGUCCAGAUAUUAGUAAUGUAACAAACACAAGUACAACAACAGUUGUGCCAGCAGAACCAGUAUUACCCGAUAAGGGAUCCGCAGAAGAAGAACAUAAUAGUUCUAUGUCCAUAUUUUUUGUCCUCUGUGUUUUAGCUUUAGGUAUUUUACUUAUACAUCUUAUGUUACAAACAAAUUUUCAAUACCUACCAGAGUCGGUGGUAAUUGUUUUCUUGGGGGGAGCUAUUGGUAUGAUUAUAAAUCUCAUGUCAAAUCAAAAUAUAGCUAAUUGGAGAAAAGAAGAAGCCUUUUCUCCAACUGCAUUUUUUCUCGUACUUCUUCCACCAAUUAUAUUUGAAUCAGGAUAUAAUUUGCACAAAGGAAAUUUCUUUCAAAAUAUUGGUAGUAUUUUAGUUUUUGCUAUAUUUGGAACAGCAAUAUCUGCAUUUGUUAUUGGAGCUGGAAUUUAUUUGUUAGGAUUAGCACAGGUAGCAUAUAAACUUAGUUUUGUCGAAAGUUUUGCAUUUGGAUCAUUGAUAUCAGCAGUAGAUCCUGUUGCUACUGUAGCUAUAUUUCAUGCUUUAGAGGUAGAUCCAGUAUUAAAUAUGUUAGUUUUCGGUGAGUCUAUAUUAAAUGAUGCCAUUUCAAUUGUAUUAACUACAUCUGUGUUGGAGUCCAAUAAUGCAACAACUACCAGUGAAGCCAUUAUACUUGGCUUAAAUAGAUUUUGUCUUAUGUUUUUUGCCUCUGCUGGCAUUGGAGUUGUUUUUGCUCUCAUAAGUGCUUUAUUACUUAAACAUGUGGAUCUCAGAAAAAAUCCUUCUCUUGAAUUUGGACUUAUGUUGGUAUUUACUUAUGCACCUUAUGUUUUGGCAGAAGGCAUACAACUGUCUGGUAUUAUGGCAAUUUUAUUUAAUGGGAUUGUAAUGUCACAUUAUACACAUUUCAAUUUAUCAACUGUUACUCAAAUUACAAUGCAACAAACUAUGAGAACUUUAGCGUUUAUUGCUGAAACUUGUGUAUUUGCAUAUCUGGGAUUAGCUUUGUUUAGUUUCAGACAUAGGGUUGAACCAGCAUUGGUUAUAUGGUCUAUAGUUCUAUGUCUGAUUGGAAGAGCUGCAAAUAUCUUCCCUUUAGCUUUUCUUGUAAAUCGUUUCCGGGAACAUCAGAUUACUAGAAAAAUGAUGUUCAUAAUGUGGUUUAGUGGUUUACGUGGUGCUAUUUCUUAUGCUUUAUCAUUGCAUUUGGAUUUUAGUGAUGAAACACGACAUGUGAUUAUAACCACUACUUUAAUUAUUGUAUUGUUUACAACAUUAAUAUUUGGUGGUUCUACUAUGCCAUUACUGAAAUUUUUGAGAGCAGAAAAGAAGCAAAAGAGUAAUAGUAGAAGGAAAAGAAAAGAUAAAGAAAUUUCACUAAGUAAAACUAGAGAAUGGGGACAAACAAUAGAUUCUGAACAUUUAUCAGAACUUACAGAAGAAGAGAUUGAAGUAUCUUUUCUUCAGUCCCGUAUUCGUGGUUUUGCAAGAUGGGAUCUAAAAUUCUUUAUCCCCUUUUUCACAAGGAGGUUUACACAGCAAGAACUGAAAGAUUGUAAAUCUCAAAUGACAGAUUUAACAAAUCAAUGGUAUCAAGCCAUUCGAAUUAGUCCAAUGGAGUCAGAUGAUGAAGUAACAACUGCAUCAACAGCACAAUUAAAUAUAAAUUUGUCCGUGGAAAAUCAGAAUCAAAUACAUGGAAAGCAAAGCAAAAGACGUCCAAGUCAUGGAGAGGACGAGGAUUGGUCUGAUUAAUUAAUGAUCAAGUAAAUUUAGUAUCAAGUAAAUUAUAUAUAAAUUUAUGAGUUGUUUCAUCAGUUAAAAAUACCUGCAAACUCAUAUUGUAGAAAUUGAUAUUACAUUAAUAUUGGAGAAAGUAUAAAAAUAACAAAUUCCUACAUUAUAUUAACAAUGAUACAGUUGAUCAUCUUUAAAAACUUACAAGUUAUAAUUUUUAAAUCACUAUGUAAUAUUAUAAGUAAUGGACGAGAAAAAGUAUUUAAUUCACGUUGAUUUAAUUAACGAUGAUUAAAUAAUAUAAUGUAAUAAUGAGAAAUGUGAUAUUUUUAAAAAUAUUUAAAUUUCUGCACAAUACAGAUUAUAUACAUUAUAAAAUAGUUAUACUGCAUAUCGUGCAAAAUAAAUAUUUGUAUGAAUUAUAAAAUUCAUAUGGCACUAAAAAUAUACUUAUUAGGAAGUAUAAGUAUAAUUUCAUAAAAAUAUAGAUUAAUCUAAGACAUAGAAAUUUUAAUUAUUUAGUGCGAAUAUCAGUUUGACGAUUAAAAUUUUUUUUAAGUAACUAGUUCUUUGUGAAUUAUAUAAAAUAACAUAUUUUUUAUCUGUGUAUAUACAUAUAUGAUACAUAAAGAUAUAUUACCAUAGGGUAUUUAUACAUUCCAUUUUUUCAAUAAAAUCUGUAGCAGUUAGUGUUAUAAUAGCAUAUAAUUCUAAAUUUACACAAGGUCGCUUACUAUUGAUCAUACUAUUUAUAAAUACCCUAUUAUGUUAUUAAAGUAUCAGUGUAUAAAAUGAUUACAUUUUGUACAUACAAUAUAUAUGUGUGAAGUAUUAUAUUUUAAUUUGUAUGAUAUAAAAGAUAUAUAUUUUCUUGUAUCUUAAUAUAUGUUUUUAUUAUAUGUAAUAUUAAUUAAUAAUAUGAUCCGUUUCCGAAAUAAAUUUUAGAUUGUACUACUUAUAUUUCAUAUCCAAAACAGGAAAACAAUUUUUAAUUUUUUAAUAAUAACAAUUUACGAAAGUAUUUUACUUUCAUAUUUCUUUUAUAUCGUACUAAUUAUAAAUCACAAUAUGUGGAUGCAUAUCUUGAUUUUUUAUGUUGUAAUAUUUUAUUUAUCUAAUAAAUUCGAUUAUUUUAAUAUAGUUAGAUCGAAUAGUUAUAUUUUCUCAAUUUAGGAAUAAAUAUUUUCAAUUGUAAUCUAUAACUUUCACAAUUAAAAUCUCACUUAAUGUAUAAGGAUAUUAAUAAUUCGAAAUAUAUAGUUUGUAUAACAAACCAUUGAUUCUGAAAAAAGUUUUUUAGUGAUUUCAAAGGCCAUAUGGAGAUAAAAGAAAAAAAUACAGUAAAUUUUAUUUUAAUGUGAAUUUAUUUUUAAUAUCAUAUACCGAUCUCGGAAGGUGGGUACAUGGGUCUGUUAUCUUAUUUUUCUGCGGCAGGGCACAUAACGGAGGCAGCGUCUAAACAUCAAAUCCGUUUAUUUGUUCGAAUCAUUAUCUCUACUUUAUUAUGUCUACACUUUUCAUGCCUCAUCUGGUUGUACAUUGAUUGACUGGAGCAUAAGGCAUAUUUGUCUUUAAAAACGAUUUGCUGCAAUUUCCUAAUACCCUUCUUAUAAUUGAUCUUUUACGAUAUUUCCUUUUGAUCAUGAAGAUAUAAUGGUAUGAAGGUAAAUGUAUAUAUGUAUGUAUAUAGGCAUAGAAAACAGUAGUUUUGAUUUUAUGAUACAUUUCUUUCCUCUAUUAGUGCAAAAACACAUCGAGUAUAGGAAAUACAGUGAUGAACGUUGCAUGAAAUUUAAAUUCAAUGUAAGAUAUUUUUAGAACGAUCGAAGUUGAUAAAAUGAGCAAAAUUUGCACCAUUUCUUUUUAUAAAGAGCACAUCAUUUGUUUUUAUGUUAUUUAUUUUUUAUUUGAUAUUACGGCAAUUUAAAUUCUAUUCAGCCAACGUUAAUACAAGGAUAAAUAUUAUUAUCCUUUUGAUUAAUGAAGUAUUGUCUGAAAGCAUGGUAGAACACACUUGCCUCCUUUUCUGCUAAUGCUCCAGUCAGUUUAAUUAUACAUAUUCUCUGUUCAAAUAUUAUUCACGCAUUGGAUUAUCACCCAAUAAAGUUCUAAAAAGGAUCUUCAUAUAUCAUGAGCUUCUAUAUGCAUUUUUAUCAAUAGUUAUAUCCUUAUUAAUGCUCAGUACAGUACAUGUGUGUAUGUACAACAUCGAGCAAUCGACUAAGCAUGCAGAGUUAAAUAAUCCUACAACGCUAUGACCAUUAUGACGAUAUAUCAAUUCGUAAAACAAUAUCAUACCCGAUUGUAUCCAUUUAUUACAGAAAAUGUUCCAAGGGAUUAUAAUCUGACUAAGUGGUCGUUAUACAGCGUGCAUAAUCCAUUGGAGUAGAUUUUCAAGCACUUCCCUAAACUUAUAAACUUUUUUUUUUAAUGCAGACGCUUCGGUCUAAAAAUGUGUAAAAUCCCCAAUUCCAUUUCAAUAUAUACAAUAU